GUAACCAGCACCCUCUUCACUUCCCGGUACAUCAUCCCACCACCGGUGUCCAGCCGUCUUUCCCGAGUCGCAGACACCCAUCCUCUGAGGGACCCUGGGAAGCAGGAGGAAGGCAGAAGCAAGAGCCCAGCCAGCACCCCUGAGCCACCCACCAACCACCGUUUCCCAGCGAGGAUUCAGCCGCCUGGGCCUUAGGUCACCGCCAGCAUGAGCCUGGGCAUGAUGGAGGAGGAGGAUCUGGCCAAGUACUUCCGGCUGCAGUACGGGGAGCGCCUGCUGCAGCUGUUGCAGAAGUUCCCCAACAUUGAGGAGCAGUCGGAAUCCCCAUCCAUCCAGCUCCUGGAGAAGAAGAAGGAGGCCAGCAUCAUGCACCUGGCUAUGGAGCAGAAGAAGGAGACAUUUCAGCGCAGGAUGGAAACACUGAAUCUGCGCUGGGAGGAGCUGGGUAUCAAGGAGGCCCAGCUGAAGGCUCACAUCCAGAAGUUUGAGCAGUUCAUCCAGGAGAACGACCAGAAACGGAUCCGAGCCCUGAAGAAGGCCAACAAGGAGCGGGAACUGAAGAGGCAGCGGGUGCGCGACCUGGCCAGGAUGAAGCAGGAGAUGGCGUCCUUGUGGCUGGUGCACAAGCAUCUGAGUACCAAGCUGCACGAGUACUCCAUCUUCAACAAGUACCUGGAGAAGGUGGUGGAGAACUCGGAGAGGCCAGCAGGGCAGCUCCCGGAACUCCGAUCUAUCACUGGGAAUGCCAUGAGAUGGAGAAAGUACUCAGAGUGUCCCGGGCUGGCUGGAAGACAGGCUCUGUUCGAGGAGAUCCACGAGGUGAUCUCCCGCUACAAGACGCUGGUGAGCAUGCACAAGGACCUCAUGCAGGCGGCGCAGGAGGGCCAGGAGAAGAUCGAGCACGUCAAGGCACUGCUGGCGCACUACGUGGAGGAGAAGGACGACGAGAUCCUGCAGCACAACAACGAGCUGGCGCGCCUGCAGAUGCACUUUGACCACGCCCGCAGUGACGUCAUCAUCUGGGAGUCUCGCUGGGCACACAUCCAGAACACCGCCGCCAAAAAGACCCUCUUGCUUGGCACCAUCAAGAUGGCGACCCUGAACCUGUUCCAGACAGUGAGCAAGCAGAUGAAGGAGACUGCCACCGUGGCCCUGGAGGACACCUACAAACAGCUGGACAUGAUCCAACAGUUCAUCCGGGAUCUGUCAGACAUCUUGGCAGAGGUGAAGAAGAAGGAACAACAGCAAAUCCGGGUAUAAGGAGCAGCGGUGAUUCCAGAAUGUUCUGGACACUGAGAGAGAAUACGUUCCCUGGUGAGCUCGUGGCCCACCUAGUCAGCCCCGCCCAGCCCUCUGGGACCCCGAUGCCUUUUUACUGGCGAACACCCCACCAUUUUCCCCUUAAAGCCUCAGCCCAGCCAAUCCGUGAAAACAUUAAAUCCUAUAAAACGUUUGUUCCUAA